AUGGGGAAUAAGGCAAAUCUCGGAUGUCUGAUCAUCUUCUUGGCUCUGCUGGUUGCAGAAGUAGCCAUGGCCACCGAGCAUCGUCCCUUUGAGCGGACAAAAGGUAUUAAUGGUCUCGAAAAGAUCACCAUCCGUGACCGCCGCGGCCGAUCUGUCGAGGUUUACUUGUAUGGAGGACAAGUGACUUCUUGGAAGAAUGAGAAAGGAGAAGAGUUACUUUUUAUGAGUACCAAGGCUAUAUUCGAGCCUCCAACACCGAUUCGUGGAGGAAUUCCAGUAUUAUUUCCUCAAUACAGUAACACUGGUCCACUUCCCUCACAUGGGUUUGUUAGACAAAGGUUCUGGGAAGUUGAUGCUAAUCCACCUCCUUUGCCAUCACAUCCUUCUCCUAAUGCUCACGUUGACCUGAUCCUAAAAUCAUCCCCAGAGGAUUUAAAGAUCUGGCCUCACAAGUAUGAAUAUAGACUGAGAGUCGCAUUGGGACGUGGAGGAGAUUUAACGUUGAUAUCUCGUGUUAAGAACUCUGAUGUAAAGCCGUUUAACUUCACAUUUGCUCUCCACCCCUACUUUGCUGUUUCCGAUAUCAGUGAAAUCCAGGUCGAAGGAUUGCAGAAUUUGGAUUAUCUUGACCAACAAAAGAACAGAACACGUUUCACUGAUCAUGAAAAAGCUAUAACUUUUAAUUCCCAGCUUGACAGGCUUUACCUAAGCACUCCAAACAAAAUCAGAAUCGUGGACCACAAGAAAAAGAAGACAGUCGUGGUAUACAAGAAAGGAACAGUUGAUGCUGUGGUGUGGAAUCCAUGGGAGAAGAAAGUGGUAGAUUUGGGAGUUGAAGAUUACAGGCAUUUUGUUGCCGUGGAACCCGCGGCCGUGGCGAAACCAAUCACAUUGAAACCUGGACAAGAGUGGAAAGGAGUACUCCAAGUAUGUGUGGUUCCUUCUCGUCGCUCCACUGGAAAUUAA